UAUAUAAUGUAUAUAUGCAUAUAAAGAACAAGACAAGAGGAAAAAUAAACAAAUCAACGGAAAUAUACAUACGCACGCAGUAUUAAACUUUAUCCGCUCGCCGCGUUUUACUUAUACUUAAGCAGCGAAGAGAGCGUAAUUCUUUUUUAAUCUAUUACUCUGUGCGAGAAGAGCGAGUAACUGCGCCGCCGAGUGUGUACUAUUUGAGUAACACUAACUAACUGUAGUGUAUACAGUGUAAGGUUCUGUUGUAUUGCAUUGUAAUCGUGUGUGUAUUCGCGUGAAAUCUAAAAAAAAAAAAAAAAAAAAAAGGAAAAAAAACUCAAUUUGUCACAAUGUUCGCUGUAAUGAGAAUUGAAAAUGAUGACUGCCGGUCUGACUAUCGUCGCAAGAUGCGUCCCAAGUGUGAGUUCAUUUGCAAGUAUUGCCAGCGGCGUUUCACUAAACCCUACAAUCUAAUGAUACACGAACGCACCCAUAAAUCGCCAGAAAUCACAUAUUCGUGUGAAGUUUGCGGUAAAUAUUUUAAACAGCGCGAUAAUCUAAGACAGCACAGAUGUAGUCAAUGUGUCUGGCGAUAAACAGAGCACUUCACCGCGCACUCUCCUCUAUCUUCUAGAAUCUUCGCUUACUCUACUUACAUGAACACUUGCACUAAAUACCUAAAUGAAAAAACUGCAAGAGACACUGUCUUUUUAUAAGGAAUUUGCACUAAAUAUUGAAAGUAUUAUAUAUUACAGCCACCGUCACCAUCACCAUCAAGCACUAAGAACAUAAAGCACCUUAAUAUACAUUUUAAACAAAAAAAAAA